AUGUCUGAGCCCUCAGCUAGCAAGGAGAGCCUCCCGGCCGAGUGCCCGGUGUGCUACGAGAAAUUCCACCCACUGGAGGCCACGCGGCGGAGGCUCAGCUGCGGACACACCUUCUGCCACGACUGCCUGGUGAAGUGCCUGCUCUCCGCCAAGCUCGACGGCCAGGUCCAGAACAGCAUCAUCUGCCCUAUCUGUCGCUACGUGACUUUCCUCAGCAAGAAGAAGGCUCUCUGGCCACCCAAGGCAGGGACAAACCCCUGGACGCUGGAAAUACCUCUGUCACCUUCCUCCCUGUCCCACCUGACCAGGCUGGAGCCCUCCAACACCUUGGUGGUUCCCAGCCAUUUUGUGAUGCCGGUGCAAAGCUUUGACCGAUGUCGCAGCCCCGGAAAUGCCCCUCUGGAUUCUGGAGGGGUCCCAGGAGAGCUGGCCCGGGAAGCCCACAUCUUCGUGAUCAGCAGCCAUGGGAUGCCCCUGGUAGAUGAAUGCUGCGGCUCACUGAGGAGGAGCAGCAGAGCAGAGACCCUGAGCUCAGUGUCAUCCAGCCCCGCGCUGGGGGUGAAAUGCUGCCAGUCCCCCAUCGCCCUGGCUGUGCUGCUCAUCCUCACUGUGGCCCUGCUUGCGGCCGUGCUCCCUUGGCUGCUGCUGGUCAAGAGGGACUCGCAGUGA